UGCCACGGAGACCCCGGUCCUGGGCCGGCUGACUGCCGCAGACAGGGGAGGCCUACCUUUCCGCGGCCGGAGCCGGCGGGCCCACCAGCCUCGUGCUCUACCCGGCUCAGCUGCCGCAUUCGUGAAGACGACCGUGCUGGCGGGCGGAGCCCUGAGGCGCAUCCUCCCUCAGGAACCCGAGCGAAGCGAGAGCCGGGGGUCGCGACCCCCCUGCCCCGACCCCGGCGGGUGGGAGAAGCUCAUUUGAACCAAACUGCCUGCGCGGACCGCCGCGGCAGCCCUGCAGUCCCGGGGCCCCCGAGGGCACUGUAGACGAUGCUUGAACAAGGAAAACCAUUUCCCGGAACAUCUGAAUUGUAAUUCAAGCUUGAGUUACCUAGGACAGUCAGGGGGGCAAACAUGUUUAACUCCGCAAAUGAACUGGAGUUUUUGGAAGAAACAACCGCUGAGAUCUCCCAACUCUCUUCGCUGGCACUGUCAGGUGACCCAGCCUGCGGCGAAAACAGCUCAACUGGUUCACCCGAAAAAACUGGCUAUCCGGACUCCGUUUACAUUCUGGCAGCGAACAUUUUUCAGGGCACUAGACUCGAAAAGUCACCAGAGAAAGCCUUAAUAAAGUAUGGAAAUAAGCCCUUGCCGUCCUCAACCGAAUCCGAGGAUGAAUCCUUUCAGCGUUUGUCCUAUGAGUUGGCUUUCAGUGCACUUAAGUAUCAAGAUAUUUUGGAAACUAUAUUAAUAGACAGCUGUAUCUUCCCAAGUGCCACAAUACCAGAUCAUUUGAACAGUCUUAUCAUUGUGAUGCUAUAUGAUUUCCAAGACAGAAAAUUUCAAGCUCGUCUCCUUUCUGGUAACGAAGAGUCUAUAGCAGAAGUUCUAGAAGUGGAGAACCUUCUUAACAGUUUUAAGACAAAAUUGGCUGCAGCAUUGGCAAGAUGUCGAAUCAAACAUGAUGCCCUUUCAAUUUACCACAUUCUUCCAGAAACAGUUAGGAACCAAGAAUUAAGGGCCUCUACUUUGCCACUUUAUGCUUGGAUAAAUACUUGUAAAAUCAGCCCUGAAGAAGUUUAUUAUACUUUGAAGAAAAAUGGCUAUAAUAAAGUCAAAUCUGUAUUGCAUAUUGAUAAUAAAGUCUUUGCUGUGGAUCAACAUUGCUAUGAUGUCUUAAUUUUUCCAUCUCAUCUUAAAAGUGAUCUUCUAAAUAUAGAUCUUUUUAAAGAUUAUAAACUUAUAUUUCAGGACAAAUCUCGAAGUCUCGCUGUCCAUUCUGUAAAGGCUUUAUUAAAUAUGGAUGAUGAUAUCUUAAUGGUCAAUACAGGUUCUUGGUACACAGUUGCCCAUAUGUCAGUCUUAACAAAUAAUAAUACCUCAAAAAUAUUUGUGUGUGGAGUACAAUCACAAGCUAAGGAUCCUGACCUGAAGAACCUUUUCACAAAAAUGGGAUGUAAAAAUAUUGAGAUACUUCAUGAGACAUUUAUGAAACUUGAAUUAAAGGAUCAUCGAUUACAGAAAGUUAAAGUGAUUCUGCUGCUACCUCGUUGUUCAGGGCUGGGUGUUAGUAAUCCAGUAGAAUUUAUUUUAAAUGAGCAUGAAGAUACAGAUUUACUUAAGGAUUUCUCUCAAGGAGGCCCAUCAGAAGAUAAACUUCAUGUUCUUGCUCAACAGCAAUAUGAACAACUAGCACAUGCCAUGAAAUUUACUAGAGCUCAAGCUAUUGUGUAUUGCACAUGUUCAGUUUAUCCAGAGGAAAAUGAAGCUAUUGUUAAGAAAGCACUGGAAUUUCAAGACCACGGGAUUAAAGUACAACCUUAUAGGCUUAGUCCCCCUGUCCUUCCACUGUGCUCCUUAAAGGAAAUACAUUUGUCUGCUGACAAAUUUUUUAGAAUGGAACCAUCUGAAAUUACCAAUGGUUGUUUUCUUUCUGUUCUAACAAGGGAGCGGGACCCAUCUGAGACAGUGUCUGUGAAAGAUGUUUUGGCCCGUGCAGCAGCAAAGGGUCUACUGGAGGGGAUUGAGUUGGGUAAAUCUUCAAAACGGGAGAAGAAGAAGAAGAAACAAAAAAUGUCAUUGCCAAAAUCUUCCAUUGCUGAUAACAGCGGCAUCCAAAUGAAAAUUGCUGAGUUCCUGAGUCGAGAAACUAAUGCGAAUGCUAAUCAGUCGGAGACAUUAACAACAAAAACAUCUCUUCCACGGAAAAAUACAAAUCAAGUGGGUUCUUCCUCACAGGGAAGAAAACCCAGCAAGUCCACCACCAAUCCUUUAGUGCCUACAAUUAUGAAGAACACAUCUGCCAGACCAUAUGAACGGCCAACAAACUUUGUGAGACCUCGGCCAGAAGACAGAAUGAUUGCACUGAAACCCAUAGAGAUUGCUUUGCCUCCAGUCAUGUUGCCGUUUCCCGGUCCCCAAGGGAUCAGACCUCACAUACCAGCUCCACAUUUUUACUAUCGUUGGGUUGGGCCCAAGACUGUCUUGCCUGGCUAUCUUUCCACACCAUCAAUACCCAGAAGAGGGGAAAAAUCUAAAGAAAACUUACCUUCCUCUCUAUCCAGGCAUCCUCGACCAUAG